UCAAAAUCAGGCAGCAUCAAUCGUCUCGUUCACAAUCCCACCAUCAGUCGCUUCUGCAUAAAAUUCAUUAUCUUCCAUUAUUCUCAAUAAAAUACCAACUGUCCACCAAAAUGCAACUCACAGCCCUACUCCUCGCAACGGUCGCCAGUGCAUCCCCACUCAUCCAGCGCCAAACAACCCAACUUCUCCCAUGGGAGAUCACUGGUGUGGGCGGCCACAGUCCCUCCGGCAGACCAGGCAACGACCCUCACAGCACCAUCACCAUCUGGAUCAACAACCCGAAUACUAUACCAGUCCGCAGUGCUCCACACAACGGGAAUGUUGUCCUCUCACCCCUCUGGUCCAACUGCACAAUUUCGUGGAUCAAGAAGGAAGACAUUCCCUGGGGCGUACCUCAACCUUGUCAAUUCAACGGGGUGCAAACCGGCGACGGCGAAAUAGCUGGUGACGCCUUCGGAACAUUCACCGUCACGAUUCGUGAAGGGGAUGGGGAGUAUGCGCCGCAAGGAGACUUCAAUGUCGACAUCAAAGAGUUCAGGGAAAUGAGGCCCUAUAAUGAAUUGAUACAAAGGACCUAUGAGGGGUCCGCUAAGUUUAAGAUUGGGCUCAAUAUGAGGCAGGUUUGCGGUGGAUCGGGAGUUUGCAAUUGGGGGCUUAGCGAUGGGCUAGUCACUGUGCAGCAGACAUUGACGGAGUCUGUUGGGGGAUAUCCACCUACCAAGAGGUAGAGUAUGUAUCCGUAUGCAGAGCCUGAUAGGGUCACCGGAAGAGAAAGCAGUGAGGAAAGUUCAGAAACGUUGGCUCCACUACCACUCCAAAUGGCAACUCGUCAAUGUUCCGUAUUUUUUUUACUUUCGGUCCAAUUACCUUUAUUCCAAAUGUGUCUAACCUUCACCAUACUCCAAAUGGUCCAAAGCGGCAAAUACAAGACCAGCCCACAUGUACUAGUAGAUUUUGAGUUCAAAUACGAACCUAGAGAGCAUCUAUGUAGCCCUGAGCAACGUGGAGGGACCCGUGCACUAACUCUCUCGUUUAUAAGGAGGAACCUUCUUCUGGAUGUCCUUGACUUUGUAGCAACUCCAAGACAUGCGAUAAUGAC